AGCAUCUGUCAGUUCAACAGUUGUUAAAUGUCAGUGAUUACAUGAAAAAUGUGUGUACUGAAACAAAAAAGAAAAGUUUAAUUUAUGUUUCGUUAUUUAUUUUGUUACAAGUUUUAUUUUAUUUUACCCUUAUUUUGUGUUUUCAUAUUAUGAAUAAACAAAUUGCUUUAAAAAUAUGGGUGAUACGAUUUUGCAUAAGAAUUAUCUAUCCAAAGUACAAUUUUUACACAUUCCUCGUUUUUCUCGCAAUAAAAUUUAGAAUUUGGCACCAGAGAAAAGUCGGUACAAACAGAAACAUGGAUGUAUUUGAAUUAAAGAGCAUUCCUCAAAAUCUUUUGAAUUUACUGGUAAAAGACAACUUGGAAUAUAAUUUGCCCAUCAUCUUAAACAAAUGUAUCUUAAUAUCCAAAGAACAGUUUAUACAGCUAGGUAGUGAGAAUUUAUUCUACCUAGACAAUGGUGUACUAUGGCUGGCUAUGAAACUAAGUCCGGAGUGCAAGAAAAAACAUAAAAACAAGAAAAGCAAUAGUUUGGAAAAUAGUAUUUUGAAACUUAACUUUAUGACCACAGAAAUACAUAAGAAAUUGUGGGCUGAUAGUACAUUGAACAACAUAAAUAAUUCUAUAAUAGUACCGGUUAUUGGAUCAAAAUUAUUGACAGAUAAUGUUGCUUUUACAACAGAAAAUGAAUUCCACAACAUUGUAUCAUUAUUUGACUUUAACAAUAAUGAAAAUAUCAAUGUCACAUUCCACCCAGUUCCUUCAUUUGAAUGCUCACCAAAGAUCGCCGCAGAAGCUGAAGUGAGCUUGAUAUUAAAUGAGUAUGAUCUAGCCAAUGACUUUGUUAAAGAAGUGUUAACUAACUAUUUUCAAGUACCAAAGUUGAUGAGCGUAAAUGACACAUUCAGUGUACCACUUACCCCUACAAUCACUGCUAAAUACCACUACAAGUACUUAGAUUUAGUUGAGUCAGCAGGAAAGCUUCACUUUAAAUGUAGAAAAUUAAUCAGUGAUGGGGAACCUGAUAGUCCUCACAAGGCAGCAAACCAUGACAAAGUUAUCCGACCAUUUUUUGUAGUUAAAGGAGCAAGUCACCUAAAUUUAGGUGAAAAUAUACAUGAGUUGAAACCAAGGGAUCAGUACUUCAAACCACGAGAGAUAAAAAGUAUAAUGAAUUUACAACUCUGUCCAACUGGCCUGAGAGAGAAGUUUUUACAGAUGCAGGACACAAUAAGCCCAUUUGUGACGGGUGAUAUAAAUGAUUUAUCAACAUGCAUGUCCAGUCCAAUUAUUCCAAUGCUCUUCCUAACUGGAUCUAUUGGUUCUGGUAGACAUUUAUUAGUGAAAAUAUUAGCAAAAUAUAAUGGACUAAAUUGUUUACCAAUCGAUUGCAAUUCGUUGCAAAGUUCAACAGCAAAACAAACAGAGAGCAAAAUCAAUUCCAUGAUGCAAAAGGCAAAGGCAGCUGUACCUGUUAUUGUGUUAUUAGAUAAUUUUGAGGUAUUUGCAGUAGACCCAGAAAAUAAUGAAGAUUGUAGGGUGAUGGAAUUUUUCAUGAAUUCAAUUGAUGAAUUGUACCAAAACUAUACGAAACAUCCAAUUAUAUUCAUAGCAGUAUCAGAGAGACAGGACCUUAAGCCUAACAUACUGCGAAUAUUCUUAGAAAGAUUUCAUGUAUCAAGAUUGAACGCACAACAGAGAUACGACAUGUUGGAAUGGUUCAUAAAUGUAAUGCAACUUAAAAUUAAUAAAGAGGAUCAUGUUGUGGAGUCAAAUCAACUUGUCGGAACAGAAACAGUAUUGACUCAAGAAACUAAAGAUGUUCUAAGAAGAAUAGCUGCUAAAACAGAAACUUUUUUGUCUGGGGAUCUUGAUACAUUAGUUCAUUUUGCUCUGAGAGAAUCAUAUUUAAAACAACACAAAAGUUAUAAUAAAGUGAGAACAGAUCCAGAUUUAAGUUUUGUGGGAGAGGAGGACUUUAAUUCAGCUUUGGAAUCCAUUAGAAGCCUUCAAAGUCAACAUUUGGAUGCGCCAAAGAUACCAAAAGUCUAUUGGGAAGAUAUUGGUGGCUUAGAAAAAUUGAAAAAAGAAUUAUUAAAGACAAUAGAAUUUCCCAUUAAAUAUCCACAUCUUUUUAAAAACUCUAGCCUCAAGCGAUCAGGUAUUUUAUUAUAUGGACCUCCUGGAUGUGGUAAAACAUUAGUUGCCAAAGCAGUGAGCACAGAGCUUAAUGUUAGUUUUCUAAGUGUGAAAGGACCAGAAUUACUUAACAUGUAUAUUGGUCAGUCUGAAGAAAAUGUCAGAAAAGUAUUUGAGUCGGCGCGCGCGUCAUCUCCGUGCAUAGUGUUCCUGGACGAGCUGGAUGCGCUGGCGCCGCGGCGCGGAGCGGCGGGGGACUCGGGCGGCGCCAGCGACCGCGUCGUCAGCCAACUGCUGGCUGAAGUAGACGGAGUAGCCAGCGGAGAAGAUGCGGAUACAUCAAGUUUCGUCUUUAUAAUGGGCGCCACAAAUCGGCCAGACUUGCUGGAGCAGUCGCUCUUGCGCCCCGGUCGCCUGGACAAGCUUAUUUAUGUAGGCCCAUACAGUGGCUUAACAGAGAAAACCUGCGUACUCAAAGCACUCUGUAGAAAAUACACACUUCGUCCCGAAGUAAACUUAGAGUCGGUGGCGGAAGCACUCCCUGAUAAAUGUACUGGAGCUGAUCUGCUGCAAGUUGUGUCUACUGCACGGUCGGCGGCCGUGCGCGGUCUCGUCUCCAAAUUAAAUUCAGGAGCCAUCAAGGAAAGUGAAUUAAAUCCGAAUUCAGUGGUGAUAGGAGUGUCCGAACUGUGGCAAGGAGUAGACUCGUUUCGACCAUCAGUCACAGACGACGAAUUAGCGUAUUAUGAAUCACUGGAGUCACAAAUGUAAAUAAAAUUCUAUGAAAUGUU